AUGAUAUACUACCUCACCUCUGCUAACGAUGCCAGACAAGUUGCAACUUAUCUUUGGAAUAAUUUCUUGGGUGGAACAACGUCUUCUCGCCCUCUUGGAGACGCUAUUUUGGAUGGAAUAGACUUUGAUAUCGAAGGAGAUACGAAUCAACAUUGCGAUGAUCUUGCAAAGUACCUUUCUGCUUAUAGCAACAAGGGUAAGAAGGUGUGCUUAACUGCUGCACCACAAUGCCCUUUCCUUGAUGCAUGGGUUGGAGCAUUCUUAGCCUCAUUCUUGCUAUUACUGGCAAUGGGCUCUGAUUCUAGUGGAAUUGCCAUCUACUGGGACCAAAAUGGGAAUGAGGGUAUCUUGGCAGAGACUUGUGCCACUGGAAACUAUGAUUUUGUGAACUUGGCAUUUCUUCCAACAUUUGGCAAUGGCCAAACUCCAAUGAUCAACCUCGCCGGACACUGA